GUGUGCAGCUGACGUGCCCCAACAACAGAGUGCCUGUUCUCCAGCGAUGCCCACACACUGAGGGCCUCCCACCCAGAGAGAGGGAGCAGGCUGGCCCCGACCUGGAGGAGAGGAAGAGGGGGAUGAUGCUGGAGAAAGAGGAGAGGGUGUGUGUGCUCCCACGGGAGCAGUCUGCCAGCCUGCCCACGGCCCCAGUGGAAAGGCUGGCCCAGAAGGAUGCCAACCCUGGCAUCAUGCCCACCAUGCCAGCCUCCAUGCCCACAACGGUGCCUGGCAGGAAACACGCAUAUGCCCUGGAACCGUGCCAGCCACUCCAGGCCGACAGCCAGGGGAAAGAUCGGGAGGAAAAUGAGAGAGAAGAGGAGAAGGAGGAGACGAUGGAUGUUCCAUCCAAAAGAGCCAGGCUAACCAACGGCCCCACUGAGCCCGUUCCAGAGGAACUAAAGAACCUCAAGGUGUGUAUCGAGCUGACCGGCCUCCGACUCAGCAAGCCCCGCCUCGCCCAGGAGCUCAGCCAAUGGCAGGCCGCCACCCAGAGGUCGACAGAGGUCAACAGAAGCAUGGCCAUGGAGACAAUCAUGCCCAACGGGUGCCCCGUGGUUGGCGUCACAGACAGGAAGGUUGCCUCACAGGAAGACCGGAGCCUGAAACGCAGGUCAGAGGUCAACGGCCACGCCUGGUGCCAUGAAACUUUUGGUCACGGCGACAUCGAGCGAGUGGUGCUGCCGUCUGUUCCUCUGACCCCAGCGCAUCGGGACCGCCUCUACCGGACCCCGUCCACCACCCCUGUCAGAAAACCACCCCUGCAGACCACCACCCCUGCCCUCACCCCCUUUCACUCCCUGGCCCCUGCACACCCCCACAUCACCCUCACCCCCAGCCCUCCACGGCUGUCAGACAAGAGACAGAGGCUAAAAGAACACCGCAGGACCAGCGCUUUGGGACUGGGACCCCCCGGCCCUCACCCCGACCACGACCCCAAUCCAACGGGGGACCUGGUGGACCCCAGACUCCGUUGGCAUGGCGACCAGGACAAGCCCAAGGGCAAGCGUCAGUGCAAGACUAAACACACCACCCAGAGGGAGAGAGAGAGAGAGAGACUGGGGAAUGAAGAACUGAGGGAAGAGAGGGAGAGAGAGAACUGAGGAAUGAAGAACUGAGGGAAGAGAGGGAGAAUAAGCAGGUCAAGGAAAAGCGAUGCAGCGAGAAGCGGAGGUCUUCAUCCCUGUCGGAUUACUCCCCCUCCUCCCCCGCCCCCCCUCUCACCCUGCCCCCCCAGCUCAGCCCUCUCCCCAGCCCUACAGAGACCCAGGACCGC